AUGGACUCAUUUACACUGAUGUAUCAUCAAGCUAAUGGGGCAGAAGUGCAAAUUCCACUCUAUAGGAAGGGCAUCGCUUGGUACACAGACAAAAAUGUCAAGUUCCGCAACCCUCCGACUAACGACACGUUUUCCCUUCGACAAGCCUUUGAAGGCACGACUCGGCCCUUAUACUGGCAGCGCUCGGUUUAUGAGCUGGAUGACACAGACUCCAACAACAAUGGUUUCAUAAAUGACGACCUGAUUGUUUGGAUGAGAGAGGCAGCCUUCCCUAAUUUCAAAAAGCUUUAUGGUGUUCUCAAUCGUGCUCGAGAGCCUUUCACUGAAGGCCUGCCCGCCGGCAACUACAGCAUCUCUAUAAAUUACAAUUUUCCUGUCGAGCCCUUCAGAGGCCGAAAGGAGCUGGUGAUCUCAAUGGUGACCUGGUUUGGUGGGCAGAAUUACUUUCUGCCCAUUGCAUAUCUGGUGACCAGUGGGCUGAUCCUGGUGACUGCUGUCGUUCUCACAACAGUGUUUGUCAAAUUUGGCAAAAACGGCAAGAACAUGGAGGAAUAAACCAAAGGAAGAAGGAACUGUCUAUCAGGAAAGAAAGACAAACGGUGUGCUUCAGAAUCACUAAAAUCAAGCAGUUUAAAACAUAUGAAUUAUUUAAGUUUACAUAUUUCGAGAAGCAUUCUUUAACACAAUCCAUUUUAUACUGUAUGGUUCUUUAACGUAAUAGAAAUGAAAAGAUUUUCCGCAUUUACUCAUACUGCUUU